GGUGGGAGACAGGGGACUCAUCCUUCCGAUGGAAAAGAUUCUGAAAAGCGAAAAGGCAGAAUCUAACAACCGCCUCUUCUCCUUCCUUUCAAGUAGAAGUAGUAGUAUCACUGUUUAUUAACUGACAAUAUUCAAAUGUCUGUUGUUACAAUUUCUUCUUCCAUUCCGGUUUUGCUGCCAUUACUAUGUUCAACGCCGAUACCCUCAUCUCGCUCGGUGCUCCACCACCGUAUCCGGAAUAUCCAUUUCAACACUAGUUGUGUGCUACCACUAGAAUCCAACAACCAGAGUUACUUAACCCGCCACCCACUCGGUGUCGCCGCCAAUAUUUAUCCUACCGGAUUGCGUUUGACGCCAACUGGUUUAUGCUGUUGCUCCUCCUCCUCAGGCGCAAUGCCUCUUCAGGCCCCCACCACUUCAUUAUCUCCUCCUCUUCCUCAGGAUAGCUUAUUGUACUCGAGGGCUUUUUGGGUCAGUAAAUCUCUUAUUGCCUGGAAUGUGGAAGCUGGAAAUGGUCCGUGUUAUUUGUAUGCCAGCGUAACUGCUGAUUUAUUUGUUGCGGAUAAUGACAUUCAAGGUUAUGAUUCAAAAAUUGAGCUCCAAGGAGGAGAUAUUGGGCUUCCACAAUGCGUGAUCGAAAAAUUUCCUCAUAUUCGACAUUAUAAAGCUUUCAACCUCCCUCCAGAUUUAGAUGUGGAAAGUCUACUCAAAUGCCAACUGGCUGUUGCCAUUUUUAGCUCUGAUGGAAAAUGCAGCAGUGCCACUGGUUUGCAGCUACCUGGUGUCCUUGAUGAUUUAUUCUCUUAUUGUGGACCUCUGGGCGCUGUUUUCUCAAGUGAGACUAUCUCUCUUCACCUGUGGGCCCCUACUGCACAGGGUGUGCAUGCAUUCAUAUAUAAGGACCUGUCUUUGAGUGAUCCCUCAGAAAUUGUCCAGCUCAAGGGGCAGAAUGGUGUUUGGAGUGCCAAGGUGCCAAGAGACUGGGAGGGUUACUAUUAUGUUUAUGAAGUCUCUGUAUACCAUCCAAGCACCUUGCAGAUCGAAAAAUGCAUUGUCAAUGACCCAUAUGCAAGAGGGCUUUCAGCUGAUGGUCAACGGACAUUGCUAGUUGAUCUUGAUUCUGAUUUGUUUAAACCUGAAGGAUGGGAUAACUUGGCAGAUGAGAAACCCCAUCUUCUUUCUUUUGCUGACAUCAGUAUAUAUGAGUUGCAUAUAAGAGAUUUCAGUGCCAAUGACUUCACCGUGCAUCCAGAGUUGCGUGGUGGUUAUCUAGCUUUUACUCUUCAGGACUCAGCAGGCAUGCUUCAUCUGAAGAGGUUAGCUAGUGCUGGUCUCACGCACGUGCACCUGUUGCCCACCUUUCAUUUUGGUGGUGUUGAUGAUGAAAGACAUAAAUGGAAGGAUGUGGAUAGACAGCUGCUUGAAUCAUUACCACCAGACUCUGAUCAGCAACAGGCUCAUAUCACAGCAAUCCAAGAUGAGGAUGGGUACAACUGGGGUUACAAUCCUGUUCUUUGGGGAGUCCCUAAGGGAAGCUAUGCAAGUGAUGCAAAUGGCUCAUGCCGUACUUUGGAGUUUCGGAAAAUGGUCCAGGCUCUAAACCGUGUUGGCUUACGUGUUGUGUUGGAUGUUGUUUAUAAUCAUUUGCAUGCAAGUGGGCCCUUUGACAAGAACUCUGUUCUAGACAAGAUUGUACCUGGUUACUAUCUUCGAAGUGAUAUUGAUGGUUUUAUUGAGCACAGCACCUGCACUAACAAUACAGCAAGUGAGCAUUUCAUGGUUGAACGUUUGAUUCUCGAUGAUCUCCUAUGCUGGGCAGUUCAUGAUAAGGUUGAUGGAUUCCGCUUUGACCUGAUGGGUCAUAUAAUGAAACGUACUAUGGUGAAGGCCAAGUCCAUGCUGCAGAGUUUGUCAAUGGAGAAAAAUGGAGUUGAUGGCUCAAAAAUCUACAUAUACGGUGAAGGAUGGGACUUUGGUGAAGUUGCAAAAAAUGGACGUGGGAUAAAUGCAUCACAGUUUAACCUUUCUGGAACUGGAAUUGGGAGCUUUAAUGAUAGGAUUCGAGAUGCAAUGCAUGGGGGAUCUCCAUUUGGCCAUCCUCUUCAGCAGGGAUUUGUCACUGGUCUCUCUUUGGAGCCAAAUGGUCAUGACCAUGGUGAUAAAUCUGCUGCAGAGCUUAUGCUUGCUGUGUCAAAGGAUCACAUACAGGUUGGAAUGGCUGCAAACUUAAGAGACUUUGUUCUGACAAGUUUUGAUGGUCAAGAGGUUAAAGGAUCUGAAGUUUUAACACAUGAUGGGGUUCCUGUUGCAUAUGCAUUAUGCCCCACCGAAACAAUCAAUUAUGUUUCUGCUCAUGACAAUGAGACACUUUUUGACAUCGUGAGUUUGAAGACUCCAAAGGAUAUUUCUUUGGAUGAUAGGUGCAGGAUGAACCAUUUGGCAACUAGCAUGGUGGCACUAUCACAGGGCAUACCAUUUUUCCAUGCUGGUGAUGAAAUGCUGCGCUCAAAAUCACUUGACCGUGAUUCAUAUAACUCUGGUGAUUGGUUCAACAGGUUAGAUUUUAGCUACAAUAGUAAUAACUGGGGCAUUGGUCUUCCUCCAAGAGAAAAAAAUGAAAGGAACUGGCCAUUGAUUCAACCAAGACUUGCCAAUCCAGACUUCAAGCCGCAUAAGAGUGAGAUUGUUGCUGCUGUUGAAAGUUUUUUGACUUUCUUACAAAUAAGAUACUCUUCACCACUCUUUCGUUUGAGAACAGCAAAUGCUAUCCAGGAGCGAGUGAAGUUUCACAAUACUGGUCCAUCAUGGAUUCCUGGUGUCAUAGUAAUGAGCAUUGAAGAUGGUUAUGAAGGGGUUCCAGGGCUAACCCAAAUGGAUGAAUGCUACUCAUUUGUUGUUGUAAUCUUCAAUGCUUGCCCCACUGAAGUUUUGUUUAGUAGCCCUGUUUUACGGGCAAGAGCUCUUCAAUUGCAUCCAAUGCAGCUGAGUUCAAGCGAUGAUAUUGUCAAGAAGCCAAAAUAUGAAGCAUCCUCGGGCUGUUUCACGGUUCCUGCUAGAACAUCAUCUGUGUUUGUUGAGUCUCGAGAUGCCUGAGUAUUUUGUCUCUAAAAAUGUAUAUAGUUGCUUGGUUCAUAUAAACAUAAACAUGAUUACUUUGCCGCGUCCUCCCUGCCAUGCAAAUGCUCGUGUACUCAAAUACUCAUAAUAGAAGAAAAGUCUUUUUGGGUUAAGGUCAUUA